AUGGCAGCCAAUACAUCCCAUCAGCAACCCCGCGGCAGGCUCCGCGAUGUCAUACCAGAGGCACAUCUUGGCUUUAUGUCCCCUGGUCCGAAGAAUGGCAUCACAGACGUGCCCGGUGUCCUUGCCCAUACGACCACUAUCCGUGACGAGAGUGGGCAAAUUAACACGGGACUAACCACCAUCCUCCCUCGGAAAGACUGGUUCCACAAAGCCUGCCAUGCCGGCGUCUUCCGUCUCAACGGAUCUGGAGAAAUGACUGGGACACACUGGAUCGAAGAAAGCGGUCUCUUGCACUCGCCCAUUCUCAUCACCAACAGCUUUGCCGUUGGGCCAUGUUAUACCGGCAUCUACAAGUACGCAAUUGAGCAUUACGGAAAAGGCGAGGAGGGAAUCGAUUGGUUCCUACUGCCAGUUGUCGCUGAGACGUUUGACGGGCAUCUCAACGAUCUGAGACAGUUCGCCGUGACGCCGGAACACGUUGUGCACGCUAUCACCAAUGCUUCCGAUGAGCCUAUUGCCGAGGGCAACGUGGGCGGCGGGACAGGUAUGCUAUGCCACGGAGGUAAAGGUGGCACCGGGACCAGCAGUAGAAUCGUGCCUGGGCAAAACGACACGUCGUACACAGUUGCCGCUCUUGUCCAGGCCAACUAUGGAAGGCUCCAGCAUCUGCACAUCUCAGGCGUCCCCGUCGGGCGGAUCCUGCAAAAGAAAAGGGCAAAAGACGAAGCCGCCGUUGCUCACGACAAAGCGUACAACGACGCAAAGGACAAAAAGGACGGGUCCAUCAUCGUCAUACUUGCCACGGACGCACCGCUUCUUCCUGGCCAGCUCCAGCGGCUAGCCAAGCGAGCGACCAUGGGCCUUGCGCGCGUGGGCAGCUAUGCUCACAGCCCUUCGGGAGAUCUAUUCCUCGCGUUUUCCACAGCUGCUGAGAUACCCGUGCAGACAGUCGCUGGCCAGCCCAAGACCAUUGACCCGUUCAAACCUGAGCUGAUUGAUGUAGAGGCAACCAACAACAAGACCAUCAACGGCUUGUUUGAAGCAGCAGCGGAUGCUACAGAAGAGGCUAUAUACAAUGCACUUUGUAUGGCUGAGACAAUGACGGGCAAUAUGGGCCGGACGGUAGAGGCCCUGCCACUGCAAGCCACCAGGGAGAUUAUAGCCAGAUUUAAAGAAGCUGAGGAUUCAUUCUUGUAA